ACUCCAAGGCAUCUAUAACUUCCAAAAAUGCAAGCCAAGCCCAUUCCCAACCCCUCAUCUUACAAAAUUCCUCCUCUCAUAAGGCCUCCUCCGGUGCACCAAGCCUCCUUACCCCAAACAAUAACCAAACCAAAACCAAUAUCCACGCCCAUACCGAAUACCGAUGUUGUAGUACCCGAUCGGGUUCUACAACCGGUUCAACCUUUUAUAGAGCAUGAUGACCCCGUAGUUGCUUCAUGGGACUACAAUUUCUUGUUCAUGUCACAAAGAUCGGAAACAACUCAACCUAUCAAACUACAUGUACUUGAAGGUGCAAUACCAACCGAUUUUCCAUCCGGUGCAUACUAUUUAACCGGACCGGGGAUUUUCAAGGACGAUCAUGGUUCCACGGUGCACCCGCUAGACGGCCAUGGAUACCUUAGAGCAUUUACUUUCGAUAAUGCGACUAAUGAAGUCAAAUACAUGGCUAAGUACAUUAAGACCGAAGCUCAAGUCGAGGAGUAUGACCGAAAGACGGGCUCAUGGAGAUUUACACAUAGAGGUCCAUUUUCUGUAUUGAAGGGUGGGAAAAAGAUUGGGAAUACUAAGGUUAUGAAAAAUGUUGCUAAUACUAGUGUGUUGAUGUGGGGGAAGAAGCUAUUGUGUAUGUGGGAAGGUGGAAACCCGUAUGAGAUCGAAUCGGGCACGUUGGAUACGAUUGGGAAGUUCAACAUGGUGGACGGUUGUGAUAUGGAUGACCAUAAUGUGAAUCACGGUGGUGAUGUUUGGGAGGUUGCUGCCACCUUACUAAAGCCUAUAUUGUAUGGAAUCUUUAAGAUGCCACCAAAGAGACUCUUGUCUCACUACAAGGUUGAUUCUAGCAGGAGUAGAUUACUUACUGUGUCAUGCAAUGCAGAAGACAUGUUACUUCCACGAAGUAGUUUUACAUUUACAGAGUAUGACAAUAAUUUCAAGUUGGUAGAGAAGCAAGAGUUCAAAAUUCCAGAUCACUUGAUGAUCCAUGAUUGGGCUUUCACGGAUACACAUUACAUAGUAUUCGCCAAUCGCAUAAAGCUUGAUGUACUAGGAUCAAUGGGAGCAGUAUGUGGGGCAUCUCCAAUGAUAUCAGCAUUAACAGUGAACCCAAGUAAGAGUACAUCACCAAUAUACUUACUCCCUAGGUUUCCAAACAAACCUGAAAGCAAAAAAAGAGAUUGGAGAAAACCACUUGAAGUACCUUCACAAUUGUGGUUGCUCCAUGUUGGUAAUGCCUUUGAAGUUAAACAAGCUCAUGGGAAUUUGGAAAUACAAAUACAAGCUAGUGCUUGCUCUUACCAAUGGUUCAACUUCCGCAAAUUAUUUGGAUAUAAUUGGCAAACACAAAAGCUAGAUCCAUCAAUAAUGAAUGUCAAAGGUGAAAAUGCUUUGCCACAUCUUGUUCAGGUAUCUAUAAAAUUAGAUUCAGAUUAUAAUUGCCAAGAAUGUGAUGUGAAGCCCAUAAAUAAAUGGAAGAAAUCAGCAGAUUUUCCAGCAACCAAUCCUUCAUUUUCUGGCAAGCAAAAUAAAUAUCUCUAUGCUGCAACCACCUUAGGAUCUAGAAAAACAUUGCCAAGUUUUCCUUUUGAUACUAUAGUGAAAUUUGAUCUUGUGAAUAAUUCUGUAAAAGCUUGGACUGCUGGAAGUAGAAAAUUUGUUGGUGAACCUAUUUUUGUUCCCAAAGGUGAAGAAGAAGAUGAUGGUUACCUUCUUGUUGUUGAGUAUGCUACCUCAAUGCAAAGAUGUUGUCUUGUUAUCUUGAAUCCAAAAGAGAUAGGAACAAAAAAGGCCCUUGUUGCGAGAAUUGAAAUUCCAAUGCACUUAAAUUUUCCUCUAGGUUUUCAUGGUUUAUGGGCAGCAACUGAAGGCCAUAUUUAAAUUAUUGUACAUUUUAUUUUACAGUGAAAAUGGAAAUUGUAUUCAAAAUUAUAACGAGUAAUUUAUU